AUGGAGUUUGAAUGUAUGUCGUUUUGUUCACUAUCGCAAAACCGAAGCGCUUUUUAUUGUCCAACCUACACCUUGACAUCCGUUGCAUUUCGUUUUGUUUUUUGGACUUUCAUCAUGGUUGUCACCAGGGCCAGCUCUAUAUACAUUACUGGUUUGGCUCAUGAGUAUCCUCAAUACUCUCAGACGCAAGAGCAGUUCGCCGAUCUGAUCACAAAACUCUGUCCUGAGUACACCACAUCACCAGGACUCCAAAGAUUACUACAUAUCAACGGCAACACGAAAAUAUCUUCUCGUCCUACUAUAUUCGAUUCCACAACUUGGACAAAAGAAGAUGCAACACCUCCGACUAUCGAAGAGCUCUCACAGGUGUUUCGGAGUACAGGUGUCAACCUCACAGUAGCUGCAUGCAACAAAGCAAUGGAAGAAGCAAAAAUCUCCGCAGCAGACAUCACACAUGUUGUAGCUGUCACAUGUACCGACCAAGGUAAUCCAGGCUACGAUCUCUUCGUCAGCCAGAAGUUGCAACUUCCACUUGGCGUCCAAAGAACGCUACUGCAUGGUGUAGGCUGUGCCGGGGGCCUGUCAGCACUCCGUGAAGCCGCAAACCUCGCUGCUGCUGCUUCAUCACAAAACCGACCUACUCGUAUCUUGGUAUUUGCAACGGAACUUUGCAGUUUGUUUCUGAGAGCCGAACUACAAGCAGCUUGUAAAGACAGCAAGAACCUUCAUAUCGCUCCUGUGUUAUUCUCGGAUGGUUCAGCUGCGCUUGUUGUGUGCAACGGACUGGGAAUCAACGACAAACAGAAACCAGUCUAUGAGUUGAAAGAGUGGGGCAGUGCAUUAGUGCCUGGAACCCAAGACCAUAUGAGCUACGUUCUGAGCCCGAAUGGUAUGAUAGCUACCAUUACCAAAGAAGUACCAAAAGCCGUUGUUAGCGCCAUAGGUUCCAUGUUCGAUCAGGUCUGUACUUCUGCCGGCGAGCACCUCGACCCAUUAACCUGCGACUGGGCGAUGCACCCGGGUGGUGUUACAAUUCUGCAAGGCGCACAGCAGGCGAUGAGCCUUACCAAUGACCACAUCCGAGCUUCCCUUGACAUAUAUCGGAAUUUCGGCAACUCGUCAAGUCCCACAGUACUCAUUGUGCUGGAUAAGCUGCGAAAGAUGGGCCAAGGUCGAAACGACGUGAUAGCUACCAGUUUCGGGCCUGGCCUCAUGAUCGAAAUGUUCCGCAUGAAGCGGUGUCGAGAUUCUUCAUCUCGGCAGGCUCUUAGUCCAGGUUUCCUGACUAAAGCAUAUAGACUCGGGAUAUCACUGUUCUCAAAGUUGUUAAUAUCUGGCAAAAAGUCUUCAGUGGUAAACGGGAUAGGCACAGACAAGAAGGUGUAA